GGUGAAGUGGCCCUUGUGCCGUGACGUUGCCGAUAGUUCAUGGUAGGCUGCUUUCAACCUCAACCCUCCAGCCUCGUAGGAAGAAACGAUUAUAUAUCAGGCUCUCCCUGAAGACACUCUGGGGUCACACAUGCUUCUUUCUAUUUCGCGAUACAGAUACAAGCAAAUUCACGCGCACCUUCCCGAAUACUAGUGUUUCAUUAGGUAUAAUUCUCACAAGAUGUCUAGCCAGCACUCUCGAUAUCAAAGAGUGGUCGCCGCUCUUGGCUUUGCAAAAAUGUACAAUUUUCCACUAUGGGUGAUUUUCGGAGGCGUAAUGCUAGGGUUUUCCUUGGCCCGCUUCCAAUACCUCUCAGACCAAGUCCUCGAGGACAGUCUUGCGACUGGGGAAUGGUAUUGGUUCAGUCAAAAUCUUUACAAUACCUGCUUGAAGAUCCAUCUAGGCUGUAUCCUGCCAUGUGGGAUUAUCGGUGUAUUCCAAUUCCUUCCCAUAAUCCGCAAGAAAGCGCUUCUACUUCAUCGGAUAGAUGGCUAUAUAUUCCUCCUACUUUUGUGGGUUUCCACUGGGGCAGCUUUAGCCAUAGCUCGUAGGUCAUUUGGCGGGACAGUGGAGACACAAGCAGGGGUGUUUGUGCUCUCUUUCUUGACAUUGACGUCGAGUUCGUUGGCCUACUACAACAUCAAGAGACUACAAAUCGAGCAACAUAGGGCGUGGAUGCUACGGACAAUGAUCUAUAUGGGUUCUAUAAUCACCAUGAGGAUUUUAAUGAUUAUUAGCGCUAUUUCGGUCACUGUUAUAGGCUCCUAUCACGGGUUGCUUAACUGCGAUGAAUUAUCCGCGAUCGUCUCCAAUUCUACCCGCUUUGAUAUAGACUACCCGACAUGCAAAUCAAGUCCGGGCACUCUCAUCCCGAUUCGUGCAAGCUUAGGCGGGGACAAUAUGGAGGAUGAGAACGCGAGCGUUGCCUUCAGAUUGACGUUUGGCACAUCACUGUGGGUAGCCGCAGUGGUCCACUACCUCGCUGCCGAGAUAUAUUUGCGUCUUACACCUGCCGAGAGUGAGAGAUUGCGGAUGGUGAGCUAUGAGCGGCAGCUGGAGAGAGGGUGGAUUCAUCCGGGGAGCGGUGGGUUGACGAGCGAUCGCUGGGGAGAUGCUAAGUGGUCUCCCGUCCCGAUGGAGGAGGCGGCGUCCGAAAGACCUGGGAAAUAA